CUCUGUUUCCGAGCAACUAUUUAUCCAACGCCGAACGAAGAAGCACUUCAGCAAACCGGUGAACAUGGAGAACGACCAUGUCGAGUCUCCGGAAACAGGCUCGGCACCGGUUCAGCGAACCACAGAGGAACUCAUCGCAAGGGCCAUAGCUCCUGUCAAGAAGGACUUCCUCUGUCCUCCUCCGGUUCGAGCUCCUCCGCCUCCUUCAGACGCCGGCGGCGACGACAAGGCCCCUCCUGUCAUCAAGGAGAAGAAGUCUAAGCGCCAGUUCAAACGCGAACGUCUUCAGGAACAGAAGUCAGCACAAAACCUGUGUUCGCAAAUUGCCAAGACAGGUGAUGUUACUUCAUGUCCGUUCAAAGACAAGUGUCGCUUCAGCCAUGAUUUGGAGGCAUUCAAAGCACAGAAACCACCUGAUCUUGAGGGAGAAUGUCCUUUCGUUAAAGCUGAAGGCUCUUGCCCUUAUGGGCUAGGCUGUAGAUUUUCAGGUACGCAUCAACAGGGUAUGCCCUCUGCUAAUUUGAAUGGUGACAGGAGGAAAAGUUCUGAGAUGAAUGGUUUUAGCAAAGAUGUUCAAAAGCUUUUGUGGAAAAAUAAGAUGGCCUUCCCCAAAGCUGAGGCCAACCUCAAACGUCUUGGCCUCUUGGGACUCUCAAAGUCAAAGGGAAAUGCCUUGCGAAAUAAAGAUAGUGGUGACACUAGUUCAAAUAAAUGUGUUCAAUCUGACGACAAUGGCUCUUGCGCGGUUACAUCUGACUUGGGCUCCAAGUUAGAAUGCUCUGCAGAAGUCGAUAAAGAUGGCGACUUUGAUGGAAAACUUGAAUCUGGUGUAAUUUGUCCACAGAAGAGAAGAAAAACUGCAGAAGAUGAUGGUGCUGGGGAAAUUGAAAAUGAAGAUGUCAGAGUUUCUGAGCAAGUUACUGAAAGCUGCAUAAAAUCUGAACCAGAUGCAGGAAAUGAUGAUAUUACCCCAGAAACCGAUCUAAGCCUUAAGUUACACUUGCGUGAAAAGAAGCUUAUUGAUUUCAGAGAGAAGUUGUAUCUUGCACCCUUGACCACUGUUGGAAAUCUCCCUUUCCGGAGGGUUUGCAAAGUAUUGGGAGCUGAUGUAACAUGUGGUGAAAUGGCAAUGUGCACAAAUCUUUUGCAGGGUCAAGCUUCAGAAUGGGCAUUGCUGAGACGUCAUUCAUCUGAAGAUUUAUUUGGUGUACAAAUCUGUGGGGGAUAUCCAGAAUCUGUGGCACACACAGUUGAACUAAUAGAAAAGGAAUGUACCGUAGACUUUAUUGAUGUGAAUAUGGGUUGCCCUAUUGACAUUGUUGUGAAUAAGGGUGCUGGAUCAGCUCUUCUUACAAAACCAAUGCGGAUUAAAAAUAUUGUAGAAGUAGCUUCAGGAACCGCAGAUAAACCAAUAACUGUGAAGGUGCGGACAGCUUAUUAUGAAGGGAAAAAUCGCGUUGAUUCUCUGAUAGCAGACAUUAGCUCUUGGGGGGCUAGUGCAGUGACAAUACACAGUAGGUCACGUCAACAACGCUAUAGCAAGCUUGCUGACUGGAACUACGUUUACCAGUGUGUCAGGAAGGCCCCUAAUACUUUGCAAGUAGUGGGGAAUGGAGAUGUUUAUUCAUUUGAAGACUGGAAUAAUCACAGAACUGAAUGCCCUGAACUUGCAACAUGCAUGAUUGCGCGUGGUGCCCUGAUUAAACCUUGGUUAUUUACAGAGAUCAAGGAACAGAGACAUUGGGACAUUAGUUCUGGUGAGAGACUAAAUAUUCUCAAAGAUUUUGUGCAUUUUGGCCUUGAACACUGGGGUUCUGACACAAAAGGUGUGGAGACAACCAGGCGGUUCUUGUUGGAAUGGCUUAGCUACACUUGUAGGUAUAUACCUGUUGGUCUUUUGGAUGUGAUUCCGCAACGAAUAAACUGGCGCCCACCAUCUUACUUUGGGCGUGAUGAGCUUGAAACAGUGAUGGCCUCAGAGUCUGCAGCAGACUGGAUAAGAAUAUCAGAGAUGUUACUAGGCAAGGUUCCAGAUGGCUUUACAUUUGCACCAAAGCACAAAUCAAAUGCUUACGAUAGAGCUGAAAAUGGUUAAUUUUGGAGUUUGUUUUCAACGCUGAUAUUGAUGACAGUCUUUCUCUUCUCAACUGAAGAGACAUCUAUGAGUAUUUGAUACCUUUGCUGAAGAUACAUCUGUGAGCAUUCUUUACGCUUUGUUUCAAUUGCGGGAGUUGUUCAUCACUGACCUUGACUUUUCAACCCAUAUAUUCAUGGAUAGCUCCACUCGGAUGCUAAGAAACAAACAUUUGAUAAUCAUUGAAAUUUGAAAUGUAAGCAAUCAUUUAUUCUAGAGUAUUGCUAACUUGCAUGCUUGGAUCAAUUUGAAAUUUUCUAUAUUUCCUAA